AUGGUAGUUGUGAAGGACUUCUGCUUUUUUGCUAUUAUGACCAUCGAACAGUCCAAGGCCAACAGCCUGGUUGCUCACAGGUAUGAUCCACAUACAAAUCUGUGGUCUGCAGACGUGGCACCCACCAACACCUGUCGUACCAGUGUAGGUGUCGCUGUGCUCGACAGUUUCCUCUACGCUGUUGGCGGACAGGACGGCGUGACAUGUCUCAAUCUCGUUGAGCGCUACGACUCCGUCAUUAACAAGUGGACGAAGGUAUUGUGUUUCAUUAUCCUUUUGGCGCGGCGCCUUUUUUUACACCCCUUCUCCCCGAAAAAAUGGAGGGGACACCCAAGCACCUAG